UCCCCAUUACGCCAGCUACCAUGUGUGCAGAGAAGACACUGCACUGAUGAGGAUUAGACCCAAUCAAGCAAUCGCUGGGAGUGUCGCCAGCCACUGCAUGCAGUGCAUCAAUCAACUCCAGUUCACUCCUCUAUAAAUUCAGGCUAUUCAGCUGGCUCAUUCUGAACCCAAUUUCUAUCACUGGAACGGGGUUCAGAAUGGGAAGACGACUCCUUUUCACCUUGCUCUUGGGAGCCCUGUUCUGCAAUGGUGCUUACGCGAAGUUUAGCCGGUACAGCUUCCCCAAGGACUUCAUCUUUGGCACAGGUUCAGCUGCUUAUCAGUAUGAGGGCGCCUACAAAGAAGGGGGCAGAGGUCCUAGUAUCUGGGACACCUUUACUCACAUUCCAGGUAAAAUUAUGAACAAUGAUACUGGAGAUGUGGCAAAUGACUUCUAUCACCGAUACAAGGAGGAUGUGAACCUCCUGACGGACAUGAACAUGGAUGCCUUCCGGUUCUCCAUUUCGUGGACCAGGAUCCUGCCAAAUGGGUCCUUGAGUGGAGGAAUAAACAAAGAAGGGGUGGCUUUCUACAACAGCCUGAUCGAUGAGGUCAUAGCCAAAGGGUUGAUCCCAUUUGUCACCAUUUUCCACUGGGACACCCCACAGGCUCUGGAAAGCAAAUACGGAGGCUUUCUCAGCGAAGACAUAGUCAAGGACUACGUGGACUUCGCCGAGGUGUGCUUCCGCGAGUUCGGAGACCGCGUCAAGUACUGGACGACGUUCAACGAGCCAUUCACGUACAGCGCCUACGGCUACGGCAAGGGUGUGUUCGCGCCGGGGCGGUGCUCCCCCUACGUCUCCAAGUCGUGCGGCGCCGGCGACUCCAGCCGGGAGCCCUACACGGUGGCGCACCACAUCCACCUCUCCCACGCCGCCGCCGUCCGGCUCUACCGCGCCAGGUACCAGCCGGCGCAGAAGGGGCAGAUCGGCAUGGUGGUGGUGACGCACUGGUUCGUGCCGUACAGCGACACCGCCGCCGACCGCGCCGCCGUGCAGCGGAGCCUGGACUUCAUCUUCGGGUGGUUCAUGGACCCCGUCGUGCACGGCGACUACCCGGGCACCAUGCGCGGGUGGCUCGGCGACCGGCUGCCGACGUUCACGCCGGAGCAGUCGGCGAUGGUGAGGGGCUCCUACGACUUCAUCGGCGUCAACUACUACACCACCUACUACGCCAAGAGCGUGCCCCCGCCGAGCUCCAACGAGCUCUCCUACGACGUCGACAGCCGCGCCAACACCUCCGGCUUCCGUAACGGCAAACCCAUCGGUCCACAGGAAUUUACACCGAUCUUCUUCAACUACCCGCCGGGUCUUCGCGAGCUCUUGCUCUACACAAAGAGGAGGUACAACAACCCGGUCAUCUAUGUUACAGAAAACGGCAUCGACGAGGGCAACAACAGCACCGUGCCAGAGGCGCUCAAGGACGGGCACAGGAUCUCGUUCCACUCCAAGCAUCUCCAGUUCAUCAAGCACGCCAUUAGAAAUGGCGUGAACGUGAAGGGGUACUUCACGUGGACGUUCAUGGACUGCUUUGAGUGGGGCGACGGCUACCUCGACCGCUUCGGCCUCGUCUACGUCGACCGCCGCACGCUCAAGCGCUACCGCAAGCAGUCCAGCUACUGGAUCGCCGACUUCCUCAAGAGGCCGUAGCUGGGCUAGGCUAGCGUGCAUGCGACCUCCAUUGAUGGAUCAGACCGGCGAUCCGGCCGAACUUGUUCUUCAGCCGGUUAAUUAGUAUGUGAUUUGUGCAUCAGUGACAACGGCCGAUCGAUAUAUGGCGGGGUAUGUUCCAGUUGUUACUCUUGUGAGCAUGUGCAUGAUUGGUGCUGGUUGAUCCAAUGUUGAGCCAGAUAAUAAGAAAUAAUGAUAAUGCUUCCUGUCA